AUGAAGCGUAUCAAGAAGAAGGUCGUCGCCAACCAGCCAGCGCGGCAGCUGGCGGAGGGCCCUGGGCCCCGGCUGCCCGUGGCGCCCCGCCUGGUUGCGCACUCGGGAAUACCCAGCACGGCGGAUGCGCUGGCCUACGAGGCCGUUCAAAGGCUGCUUGCGGUCGGCACACUUGAUGGGCGUAUCAAACUCCUGGGUGGUUCUGGGGUGGAGAGUCUGCUAUUUUGUAAGGAUAGGCAGCCCACCCAGCAGCUGUUGUUUCUCACCAAUCGCGGAGGCCUGUUGAGGCUGUCCAAGUUGGGCAGCAUUGAGCUGUGGAGCCUUUGCAGUGGCAGGCCACUGGGGAGCAUCGACCUGGACGAUGAGGGUGGCGCCUCUUGUAUUUGUGCAAUGCCCAGAGAGCCCUAUUUGCUGAUAGGUUGCAAGAAUGGGGAUCUCCGAUUCGGGCGCUUCCUGGAUAGCAGUGGGGAGCCCAUCAAUGAGGGAAGAGAAGUCAUGGGCAUGGACAUGUUGACAUACAAAGUGUCAAGACUCAAGUUCAAAGCUGUUGGGGAAAUGAUCAACAUAAGCGUGGCACCCUCUGACGAGGACCCUUUGUUGCUUGCUCUACAUUCUGGGUCUGGGGCAACCAUAUGGGACAUGAGAGCACAACGACCCAUCAUUCGGGUGGUGCAAGCAAAAGGUGCAGACACCCUUCUCGCAAGGGCUGGACCACUGACGACAGCCUGCUGGGUCACAGCACAGCACUGCCCAUCCCUCUUUGCCACAGGCCAUGAGUCUGGGGACAUUCUUGUCUGGUCCAUCCCAGAGCCCUCGAUGAGGGUAUUUGGGGGUGCUCCUCAGCUUGUGGCUCACCUGCGAGUGGCCCUUGGGUCAGCCACUGCACGACCCAUUAUGGGAUUGAGCUUUGUGUCUGGCCCACAAGGCUCCCUGGUGGUUUUUGGGGGCCAGUCCAAAGAGCAGCCAGACACACUCACACUCAUUCAACUGCCGAGGCAGUUGUCCCCCCAACAGGAGAGCACCGAUGGGACUGAUGUGGAAUGCACUGAGGGUGGGAUCAGCAUGCCAUGGUCUGGGAACAUCUGUGGGUGGGGGUGGGCAUUAGUUCCACCUGAAGGGUCCCUGCAUGGGAAUGACGACCCUGCGGCCAUCCUGAUCUUAACAGAAGGCGGGCACCUCGUGCUGCAGGACCUGCAGACCUUCAACCCCAUUGCCUUUACACUGCCAUUGCAGAGCCUGCCGCCAGUGACAGUGACUGUGUUGACUGAGAUGCCAGGACUGGCGACCAGCUGCAGCACUGGGAUUCCUGAAUUGAGGCAUCUGCCGAAUGCCCUGGCAUCUGGGGCAGAAUUCGGGGGUGUGCUGCACCCAGACUGGGAUUGGGUGAUCUCUGGGGGAGAUGCUCCAGACAGCUCAGAAUGGUCCUUUGCUAGCAGCCCUGUGUAUCUGUCUGCACAUGAAGAUGGCAGGAUAAGAUUUUGGGAUCUCUUUGGGGAGGCACCGGAAUGGCUAGCGACUGUGCCAUCUGCCCAUGUUGAGAAGGAGCUUUCCUGGCAGUACAAAGGGGUGUCUGCAAUGAAGAUGUCAUCAAGUGGGGAUCUACUGGCUGUUGGCCAUGUUGAUGGGGAGGUUGAGGUGUAUCAGUUCUGUGGAAUCAAGCGACGUGUGGGGGUGAGAAUGUGCAGCAGCAAAGCCAUUGAGGAUCAGGACACUGUGGAAUUGGAACAGCCGCCAGGAUACCAAUUGAUGUUGCGUGUCGAUGCUCACACAACCGCCAUAACCUGUCUGUCGUUUGAGGGCAGCUGCAGUCUACUUGCUGUUGGGGAUGACAGUGGUCAUGUAUCUGUGGUUGACAUGGCUGCCCCCAGGGUUGGGUUUCUGCUGCAGCUGUCUGAGUGUGGAUUGCAUGCUGUGGCAUUUGGUGAGGGACCUUGGUCACAGGAUUCUGAACGGUGCCAGCUGGGGAUGGUUCUGUAUGUGGUGGAUGCGGAGUCUUCUCUUGCGGCCAUCGAUCUGGAAAAUGGGCAACUUGUUGGCCACAAGGGCUGGCUGAGGCCCAAGAAUGCCAGCAAGGUGUUGUGUCUGUCAUUGCUGGAUGUAGGUGCCAGGCCAGUCGCUCCUUCCACAGGUCGCGUGGUCAUUCCAUGGCUGCUGCAUCCCAAGCAGAGCAAGGACUGUGUUGAGAGCCUGGAUGCGCACACUGCAACGAGUCAGGAAAAUGAAAGUGCAACAGGUCAGUCAGGAGGCGCCUCAGAAAGACUUCCACAGGCGAAAACUGACACGCCGCUUGGUGAAGGGGAUGGGAUCGGCAGCAACUGCCAGGACGGCCAGCAAUCAGAAGAUGAAAAUGUUGAUCCUCCUCCUGAUGAGGACGAUGACGAGACAGGGGACAUUCUUGCUGCAGCUGUUGCAAAGCUUCAGGUGGAGGAGAAAAUGCAGCACCAGCAUCAGGCCAGUCAGUCGUGGCUGGGGCAAAAGAUCGUGGGCAAUAUAGGGAAGGGAGUGGCAGGCAUGGGCAAAGGAGUCGCAGAUGUCAAAAGGAAAGUUAUUCGCAAAGGGAAAGCUGGAGUUCCAGGUCAGAAGGCUAUGACCCAAGCGCCACCUGCAGGUUCCCAGUCAAUGGCAGCAGCAUCUAGUUCAGGACAAGAUAGACGUGUCCAAAGUUUACGAAUUUCGUGCCAGGAGGAUGGGGAGUCCCCACGAAUGGAAGUUGAGAUUCUGCCACCAGAGACGGAUGCUGCAGAAGUGCCCCAAGAAGCCCUCACAACUGCUGAUGAUGAGAGUGCUGAGGUCGUCGAAGCUACCGUGGGCUAUGUGCUCAUCGCGACAGACCAGUACCUAAGACUGUACUCACCAGAUGCCAUCGUUUCUGGGGAACGAACCACUAUUAACAGAACCACAUUUUCCACGCCCAUCAUCUUUGCAGCCUCUUGUGAGACUCAAGAAUUGGGUGCCGGUGGAGUAGUGUGCAUUACCCAGGAUUACAGUAUACAGGUGUAUAAUCUUCCCAACCUUGACCUGUGCUACGAGAUAGAUAUCUUGGAUGUCCUGGGAUGGAGCUGGAACUGCUUUGCAUUGCAAGACCACGGCACAAAAUUUGCGGCAGGCCAGGAUGGAAACCUUGCAUUUGUGUCCUCUUGUGGCGAGCUUGUGAGGAUAGCCUUGUUCGGCGAAGGGGCGCCAUCUGUGCUGGCCCCGAAGCAGGUGUACGACUGGGAGCUUGCUGCAGCUGUGCAUUACGCCAGGAAUGCUUCCCAGCAGCGGGCGGAUCGCAUGGAGGCCUCCAAGUGCUCUGGCACUGGUGAUAAAUCUACUGGUAUGAUGCAGGCCGCCUCCCUUGGACAGGAGUUCAGAAAGGGGCUUGAUGUGCUCGUGAGCGCUGCAAAGCAUGCCACAGGCGAGUUGAACAAGGCUGUGGGCACGAUGGCGAAGGGUGCAGGCGGAGAGGCGCCUCCAGAUCUUCCCACCCUCUUUCACUCCCAGCAUUCUCGCCCACAUGAGGCAGCAGCCGAACACAGCGGGCACAGGGAAUUCGAUUCGACCAGCGGCGGUGAAUCGUCAUCGGCAGCCGCGAUGGCGGCCGUGGCGGGGAAUUCUGCCACGGCACCCAACAGAGCUGACCUAUUUCAGGGUGCUCAUGGCUUUUCGAAUCCUUCCACAGAGCCCAGGCUACGAACUGCGGAUGAGAUCAAGGCAGCAUACGGAAGGGCAAGGACACCUGCAAGAGAGACGACCAAGAGCAUCAUGCAGGAAAACAUGUCGCGCUUGCAUGAGCGUGGCGAGAAGUUGAGGGGCCUCGAAGAGAGAACGGCGGACCUUGAGAACGAUGCACGAGGAUUUGCGUCCAUGGCCAAAGAGCUGGUGGAAAAGCAGAAAAGGAGGCGCUGGUGGCAGCUUUAG